AUGUUAGUGAAAGUUUACGGUCAGAAAGCAGUGAGUAAAAAAUGUGUUUAUGAGUGGUUUAAACGCUUUACAGAUGGAAAGGAGGAUGUCAAAGAUGAGCCGCGGUCGGGGCGCCCUACAACAAGCACAACUCCAGACAAUGUGGAACGAGUUCGACGGAUGCUUGCGGCAGAUCGACGACUAUCUUUAAGAAUGAUAGCUGGCGAAUUGCAGAUAAGCCAGGACAGUGUGAGCACCAUUGUGCACAAACAUUUGCAUAAACGUAAGAUAUGCGCCCGGUUUGUACCGCACUCGCUGUCAGACGAGCAAAAGCAAUACCGGAUGGAAACCUCUGGAGAUUUUAUCGACAUGUGUGACCGGAAUCCGCAAUUCUUGGAAACAAUAAUUACAGGGGAUGAGUCGUGGUGCUAUCAAUACGAUCCGGAGACCAAGCGGCAAUCCAUGGCAUGGUGUUCAACGUCGUCACCCCCUCCCAAAAAAAGUCGUUUGACACAAUCCAGGAUCAAGACGUUGUUGAUCGUCUUUUUCCGACAGUAA